UAACCACAAGUCCAUGUGGAAAAAAUGUCUUCUUUUGCAAGGAGAACAAGCAUUAGCAAACCCAGCUAUGGCCAUGACUACAAGUGGGUGGAGAGCCCCUCUGAAGAGCUACUCUGUAAGCUAUGCUUACGUGUAGCCACGGACCCCUAUCAGCACAGAUAUGGAAGCAGAGGUUGUGGAAAGGUGUUUUGCAAGCGAUGUUUAGUCUAUCAUCUCGACCAGGUGUUCAAGUGUCCUUGCUGCAAGAAACCUCCAAGGAUGUAUGAAAAUCGACAGUGUGCAGAAAGGAUAAGCUCUCUUGAUGUCCAGUGUGAGAACCAGGACAAUGGCUGUGAGUGGGUGGGCCAGCUAGGAUCCCAUAACAAGCACGUCAAAUCAUGUGACUACGCCCUCAUACUAUGCCCUAGAAGCUGCCUGUCACAUGAUGGUAAUAAAGUAACAAAGCUCCCUAGGAGUGAGCUAGCUGAGCACCUGAAGCAGUGUCCCAAACGAGAAACUAAGUGCCGACACUGCAAGGUGGUGGGUGACCAUGAUACAAUGGCCGACCACUCUAGCAAAUGCCCCAGGGUAAGAGUAGCUUGCCCCAACCAUCCUUGCCCUGCAAAGACUUUCCGAUGCAACUUGUCGCUGCAUCAAGCUAGGUGCAGAUACGAACAAGUCAAAUGCAAGUACAGGAAGAUAGGGUGUUGGAAGACGCUACCUCGCGAGGACAUCGAAGAUCAUAAAGAUAAAAAUGAUGGUUUUCAUCUUGAGAUUGCUUGUGACCAAUUGGUGUCUUUAACUAAAAUGUUGGAUUUUACUAUCAUGUCCCCAUUUACUUUCAAAGUGAGACAUUUUGAACAACAGAGGACGAAAAACAAACUAUUUUGCAGCCACCCGUUUUACACUUCAUCUAGCGGCUACAAAAUGUUCGUAAAAGUGUACCUCAACGGCAGAGGCCAAGCUAAAGGCUCUCACGUUUCUGCUUAUGUCUGCAUUAUGAAAGGAGAAAACGAUAGUACAUUGAGCUGGCCAUUUGCAGGGUCCAUGACGAUAGAGAUUCUCAAUCAACACGUAGACAAGUACCAUUAUCAGGAGGUGGUGGUCCCAGGCAAUGAUAUGCAGAGAGUAGUGCAGGGGGAAUAUGGUACAGGCUACGGUAGCCCAGAGUUUAUAGCACACGAUCAGCUCAGGUUUACUCGUAUCAUAAACUGUCUGUACUUGAAGGACGACACACUGAUCUUCCGAGUGUCAGUCCACCCACGAGGCUACAAGCCCUGGCUAGAUUGCUCAAUGAACGCAGAGCAGGUAUCGGAUUCUGACUCAGACUAAAUUUGAACAUUCACAUUGUCAAGUAUGCUCACAUUACUUAUCAUCACUAUCCUGUUUGAUUGUAUAACAGUAUUUUGUUCUCAAGUUCAGACUCAACCAAUCAUGUUUCAGUACACACAUAUCAGCCUAUACAGUGUAUGCUACGCUUUGGACUGUACAUGCACGUGCAGACAGAUCCAGCGAAUUAAUCCUUCUAUAAAAUAUUUUGUUAUGUAAUUAUACAUAUACCACAAAUUG